CGUCUGCUUGUCCGAACAUGCCUGCAAUCGACGACUUUCUGACAAAACAGAUCUACAUAGACAAGAAUCUCGUGACGUUUCGAUCGCUCAGUCGCCAGUUCGGUCUCCAUGUCAAUGCCGCAAAGAACGAGCUAGCUAGGUUCCACAGCAGCUCUGUUACUACAGAAACGCGCUCCUUCGCCACAUAUCUCGUCUCCGGCGAACUCUUCUCACAACCUCGUACGAGCCCUAAUGGCGCCACACAGUCAACUGAAGAAAGUAUGGAUGUGGAUGCAGACCUGGCUGAUACCGUAGGUGAGGGAGAGGAAGGUGAAGAGGAAGUGCCCACAACCACUAUGACGCUUGUCGGCGAGAAGGACCUCGAAGGCGCAAAGUCCAAGUACGCGCGUAUAUACUCCGUACACGUAUACUGUUUGAGCCCCUCGCCUCUCACGGAUGCCGGCCUUAUCUGCGACCCGUCAGCGGUUGUAUAUAAAGCAGACGCAGUAGAUGCCCCCACUUCUUCUAUUGCCCUUGGUCGUAUCGUAGGACCUGAUGUUCGCAUCGGCAAAGUCCCUCCUCCCGUCGCAUCCUCGUCCAAAGCUCCUGAGCCUAUCAGUCGCAAACCAACUCUGAAAGCGAAGACUGAAGAUACCAAGUCCCCAGACCAAGACAAAGGCAAGGGUAACACGAUCAAGCCUAAGGCGUCUGGUAAGCUGGACUGGAGCAAGGCAAAGAAGUCGUCCGAGGCUGUCAAGAAAGAGAAAGACGUCAAAGUGAAGAAGGAAGAGUCGCCCGUACGCCUGGUAAAGGCGGAGACCCCCUUCAAAUCUGAGAGCGAGUCUCCACAAGACGGUAGCAAGCGCGGCGUGAAGCGGAAAGCUGCACUCCCAACAGCGUCCGACACAGAAGAGAAGCCGAAGGUGAAGGAGGAGAAAUCCAAAGUCACCCCGGCGCACGAUCUCAAGCUGAGGAGGAAUCGCAUCUUGUCCGAUGACGAAGAUGAGGACUACGCCCAUCCGCUCAAGCUGCAGGCUAAGAGGAAGUCCAAGGUCCCAGCCGCUAUUGACGCGUUCGAAUCCGAUGCCGAGCGGAGCCUGCGCGCGAUGAUGGACAUGGACGAUGACGACGUGGAAUUGGCCUCCAAGAGCCGCCCCAGACCAAACCCCAAGCUCAUACCCACGGUCCCAAGCGACGAGGACAUCGAGAUGGCUGCCUCAGAGCCGGAGCCCGUUCCCCCCUCGGAACCGGAGCGGGACGACGAGGACAUGGAGAUGGAACUGGAAGAAGACAUACCGAAGCCAAAGCCCCAGCCAAAGAAGAAGGCGGCAAAGAAGGCGUGGCCCGUCGGGCGCAACGGCCUGAAGAAAAAGCGGAUAGUGCGGUCGCGCGUCACUACGGAUGCGAAGGGGUACAUGGUCACGGAGAAUUACUCAGAGUACGAGUCUGUGGAUGAAGAGGAGGCGGCGGCGGAAGAGGCGAAGAAGGUGCCGAAGGGGAAGAAGGCGUCUGCCACUAAGCCCAAGAAGGGCGACGCCGAGGAGAGGGCAAGCGCGCCGAAGCCCAAGCCCGUCGCGCGUUCGGACAGCGUCAAGAAGCGGGCGGGGGGAAGACCCAGCGCGCAGGGCAGCUUGAAGGACUUCUUUGGGAAGCCAAAGAGUUGA